AUGAAAAUAAAAAAUAAAAAUCAAAAUCAUGGUAUUCAACAAACGUUGACAAAAGCUCUUGAACGAGCAAAAGUCAAAACAUAUAAGGAACCACAAAACCAAGAAAUUCGGCAAGCAAUUGCUGAAUGGAUUAUUAUUAAUAAUUUGGCAUUUAGCAUAAUUCAAAGUAAUAUUUGUCCAGAUGAUGCAUUAAAUUCUGGUGAUAGUGAUUUGUCGGUAAAUGUUGCAAAUUCUGAAAAACCUAUUCUACACAAUAUAGCAAAGAUAAAGACAAGGUGGAAUUCAAAAUACUAUUCAUGGAAACAGUUACUUAAACUGCCACUUAAAUUUACAUUUGCUGAAUUUGAAAUAUUAAGUGAUACUCCAAACGAUGAACAAG